ACGAAAACGAAAUUCAAUUGGCGGCCACCUUCCCCAAGAACCCUAAUCUAUUAUAUUGUAUUAUACCAUGGAAUUCAGGAUCCAACUAUGGAUUUUGACGACCUCGUACUGGCUCUACAUGACGAUGACCGCCUAGCAUGGAACCAAAAACUCAGUCAAGUCGGCCCUGCCGUAUGCCAACUGGCGUCAAAAUCCCGCGAUAACCGCCAAUGCUAUGUGGCUGAUCUAAAAUGUGGCUCAUUCAACUUCUGCAUCAAGGUGCAGUUUGAAGAUGAUGGAGAAGAGCGGAUGCUGCGCUUCCCUAUUCCCCGGAAAGGUCAUGUUUGCAGAGCAAAAGGUGCGAGCUGAGGCGGCAACUAUGAGGUACAUUAGGGAAAAGACAAAUAUUCCAGUCCCAACCGUGAUUGCUUAUGGUAUGGCGGAUGAUAAUCCAACCGACCUUGGUCCUUUCCUUAUCACGACCUUUGUUAAAGGCACACUACUCGGGGAGAUCCUAAAGGCAUAUUCUGUCGAUGAGCAGGGGGACAAAGUCCUACGCAGUGAUAUCCCCGAUUCGAUACUAGAAAUUGUAUAUCGGCAAAUUGCAGACAUCACUCUAGAACUUUCAGAGCAUGAUUUCGACCAGAUUGGCUCAUUGUCUCUCCAUAAUGAUGAUACUUGGUCGAUAUGCUCAGGGCCUCUAACACUCAACUCAAAUGAAUUGGCAAGGUGUGGGAAUGUGCAUGUUAAGCCGCGGGUUUACUCAACUACAUCAGACUAUCUGCUUGAUAUUGCAGAGCAAAACAUCAUCCAUCUAGAAGAGCAGAGGAAUAGCAUUAGCAGUUCAUCUGACGCACGGCAGAAAUACACUGCUCGCCAUCUGUUCCGGGCUGCCGUCCCUAGUUUCGUGUCACGGAGAUACAACCAGGGCCCUUUUAAACUUUUCUGUGACGAUUUCCGGCCGGGGAACAUCCUCGUCGAUGAUUUAUUCAAGAUUACUGGCAUCAUCGACUGGGAAUGGUGUUAUGCUGCACCCUUUCAAUUUACAUACUCUCCGCCCCGCUGGCUAUUGCUGAAAGAGCCGGCCUAUUGGAACUCAAAUUCAGACAACGACCUUCUUGGGACUUACCUCUCGAGGCUUGAUAUAUUUAUGCGCAUCUUGGAAGAGCAGGAGCACCAUCGAUAUAGUGUGACUGGCAAGAACGCGGACCCGAGCCUGUCGAGUCUGAUGCGCAGGUCUAUAGCCGACAACACUUUUUGGUUCCACGAGGCCGCUAGAGACAGCUUUGCAUUGGAUUGAAUAUACAGGUCGCGGCUUGACUCGUUUUGCUAUGGUCCUAUACUCGAUCAGGACGAGAGAUCCCACAGUGUUUGCCAGGCAGAUGUCCACAAGGGUGUAAACGCAUUCAUUGAUCGAAAGAUGGAACAUCUCUUUCAAUAUAAGUUAGAGUUGGGCGUAGAAGAGGAAUGCGAGGUGGGGGAUGAUACACGCUAUAAUGACAGCGGGUCGGACUGAGCUGGCUUUCUGGUGGAUGAUCCUUCAUAUAUCCGAAAAAAUAUCUCGCUAUUUUUACGAGUUACACUCCCUGUUACAUUUUUGCUAGCUUCAGCGUAUACUAUUUUACGGCGACAGCGGUAGUCGGUUUUGAGAAUGCUUCAAGUCAAACGAAUUGACAAGUGGGCGAGACGUCAAUCAAAGGGUUAAUUUUGAGGUAGUUGUUAUAAAAGCUGUUUGAGGAAUGCAAAACGAUUGAUGUUGUAAGCGCUUUGAAACAAAGCAAUCAAUCAACUAGCCAGGGAGUAUUAAAUGCGCCU